AUGGAGACCAGUAACCCUUUAGAGAAUUUCUUAAAGAAUUGGUUGACGACCAAUAUAUUAUCCUUUGAUGAUUUCAAAAGUGCCAUUAGAGGAGAUUCCAGAUUUAAAGGAAUUUCAGAUGAAGAUUUAAGAGAAAUUUACGCGUUAUAUAAAGCAAGAGACGAUACAUAUGGGAAUAAUUUAACCAGGCGUGUUGAAAGUUCACUUGAACCACUAAGGCAAACUAGCCUAGAAGAUCUGGAACAAAAUCAGUCCGAUAAUUCAUAUUCUUUAGAGGACAUGAUUAUUGGGUUGUAUAAUGUUGGAGCUCUCUUGGAGACAAGAACUAACGUUAUAAACAAAAGGAUGAAGGAAGAAAUAGAUGUACUUAAGAGAUUUGAUGAUGCUACAAUUUUGCAAUCAAGUUCGGCGCCGUCAAAUAAUAAUAUAUUACAAAUGCUAGAUAAUUAUAGAGGUAUUCUUGAAAAAUUGGACGAUAUGAGUACUUAG